UAGGAGGUAAACCAAACAAAGCGCAUGUUGUCAAGCAAGAAAGCCACUUUUUUUGUUACAACGAAUUAUCCGAAGCCGCUACAUCAAGGCGGUGGCUCAACUACGCAGUUCUUUCUUCUAAUAAAUCGAAAGGUAAAAUUCACCACGAAUUUUUGUGGUUCUCAUUUUCUUGUAGUUCAGGCGCGAAAGCUCGAGCGUCGCCGACAUCCGUACUUACAGUGUUGGUGUUCUCGAAAAA